AUGGCUAAUGUAUAUACAUUUCAAAAUAUUAAAGGUUAUCGACUUGGUAGUAUAUGUGAAGAAAAGCUAGAAAAAAAAAUACACGAUGCUAUCAAAUCCAAAGCUGAAAUUAACAAGCUUAGCGAAAAAUUACAGGAUAAAUACAUAAAACAAAUGAAGGCUUUUGAUCGGGAAAGAAAGGAGUGGAAUCAGGAUUUAUUACGAAAUAAUACUGAGAUUCAAAAAUUACGCACCCACACUUUGCAGGUCAUUAAUGAACAUAAGCAACUACAAAAUGAAAAUACUAAUCUUAUUUCUCAUAAUGUACAAAAGGAUAUUUUUAUUGCUGAAUUCAAAGCUGAGAAUAUUACAAAAUCCAAGAAAAUCAAAUCACUCGAGUCUAUGAUCAAGAUAUUGGAAAGUAAGUUGUCUUCAGCCCAGAAAGAUGUAAUUUCAAUUCAAAAUGACUCAUCGAAAAAAGAAUCCAAGAUCAUGUCCCUCAAAUCAAAAAUAGCUGAAUUAGAAAAUAUAAAGAGCGAAUUAAAAGAGGCGAAGCCUCGAGACUAUGUCUCAUCGAAGGUCAAUGAGUUUGAGUGUCUGAAAUCGGAGACUAUAUCAAAACCCAUAGUUGGUGGAGAUAAUGAAAAAAAUAUUACUAAGUCUGAUAAUAUAUCUUUGGGUAGUACUGAUCUCAGUAAAUAUUUUAUAUGUGGAAAAAAUAUGGAUCAAACUGAAAAAACUGAUGGUAAUAUAUUGACAUAUACUAAUGAUGAGAUUAUCAAACUAUUAAAAAAUAAUACCGAGGCCAACUCCAAGUAG